AUGCUUUAUUUGAUAAUAUUUCUCUUUCAUUCUACUCGUAUGGAUUAUUUAGAAAAAUAUCAAACAAUCGAGAUAAUAAUUAAUGAAACAACAAAAAUUGAUUCAUUUCAAAAAUCGAAUGUAAUCAUAAUCGAACGAGCACGUCAUAGCUUUAAUAAACAAGAAAUUCUAUUAUCAAGACCAUUACUUGUUUAUUUAUAUAUUGAAUCAGCUGAAAUAUAUCCAUUAGAAUAUUUAAAGAGUAUCAAUAAUAAAUUGUUUUCAAUUUCAUUUCCACAAUUUCAAACAGAUAAUAAUUGUGAAAAAAAUACAAAACAAUCUACUUUUUGUGGUUAUGAUAGUUUUGAUAUACAUACAGCAAAAUCUGUUAAAGAAUUCUCAUGUAAAGAUUGUUUCAAUCAAACUUGUCAGACAACUAUACAUUGCAUACGAAUGGAUGAUUACUGGUAUAAUGUCUACGAUAUUGAUUCUCGUCAAUUACAUUUUUCUUUAUCUGUUCAUAUUUACGAACUUGAAGAUGAUUUUACUUGGAGGUUAUUAUUAAAAACAGAUCUUAAUGGAUUUCCAUUUGUAAAUAAAACUACUGAAAUUGCUGAUAUUCAAAUAAUAUCAUUGGCAACAGAUGAAUAUUCAACAUCGAAUAUUUUUCUUAAUGAAUACAAAUAUUUAUUAGUUCGUCAACCAAUACUAACAAUAAACAAUAAAAUACAAUUAAAUGAAUUUUAUCAUGAAUUUAUGAUAGUUAAUAAAUCUGAAUUAAAUCUUGACGAAAAUAAUAUAUGUAAGAAAAUAAUUAAUACAACAGAUGAUCAAAAAUGUUCAGUUGAAUGUUUAAAAAAUCAACCAUUUGAUUUUUGGCUUAUUGAUAAAUCAAAUGAAAUGAAUAAACAAUCUUUUCGUUAUGUUUUUCAACCUCAUCUUGAACUACCAGUCUAUGAAUAUAAUCAUAAAUUUAAAUUUCUUAUACCAUAUAAACAUCAAUUUCGUCUUAAUCUAACACUUAAACAACGUCAAUCGAUUGGAUUUAAAUGUUUAGUUUCAAUUGCUGAAAUUACAAUUGAAUCGUUUUCUCAAUAUACAUUUCAAAUAGCAUUCAUUAUAAAUAAUACAGGUUUAUCUCUAUGUUCAAUACGUAUAUUUCUUAAACAAAAUCAAUUAAAAAAGUCGUAUUUUAUAAAACAAAAAUAUCCAUAUGAAUAUCAUGUUAGUCCAAUGUAUGAACAAUUAAUAUUUUUUACAAUAUCUUUAAAACGAAGUCAAUGGAAACGAAUAAUCUUUUCACCAAUCUCUAUACAAGCAAAUGUCAAUGAUUUAUCUACAAAUUCAAUAUUAGCAAAACGAAAAUUUUUAUUGAAACAUGGUCAUCAUUGUGUCUGUAUUUCAAUCUGUCAAUGUCAAUGUCUUAAAAAUACAGUUAUUCCCAAUCUAUCACAAUUGAAAUGUGUACCUAUGUUUGAAAAUGAUAUUAAUCAAGCGGGAUUAUCACAGAUUAAUCAUGAUAGAAUAUCAAAAUUAUUAAUUUAUCAUGAAAAUCCAAUGAUUAAAAUGAUGAAUGAACAAUCAAGAUAUGUUAGAAAAUGGUUUUUAUUUAUUGCUAUACUUGCACUAUGUUUAAGUAAAUUAAAAUAA